CUUCAACGACUCCGGUCUGUAUUGUUCCCAACUCGAGUACGGUUGUGUUUGUAGUGUUACCCACCACUUAGUUUGUUGAUAUCAAUGACCUAACCUGAAAAUUUUUGUGUACAAACAUUCGACUUGUUCGAUUUUCGUGAUUGUUUUGUGCCGUUGUCUGUGUACGUCGCGUUGAAGCCUAUUAUUUUUGUGACUGUAGAGUGCCGGUAGCAUUCUGCAAUUCGAGGACCUAUCAGAGAAUUCGUCUGAAAACUGAAAAACAGGUGCCCAUUAUGGACAUGGAGCAGCAAGAACGAGAAAGCGAAAUGGGGGAGGAAAGCCCAAUGUCCCACAAUGAAGAUGAAAUCAGCGACGGCGAUGAUUCCAUGAGAGACAACGAAGAUGGGGAUAGCUGCGAGGAGAACAGAAUGCCUCACAACAGCAUGCUUCCGGAGCAUGGUGACGUCCUAGCCAAGUUGAAGAUGCAAGUUGGAAGUAUCAAGCCUGGGGAGGAAUUCGACAUGCGUCAACUGGAAAGGCAGCUGAACUUCACCAACAUGGCGCAGUUUCAGGAGCGUUUCCAGGUCCCGGCGCCGUUCCCCUUCCCCCAUCCCGCAGCGGCCUUUCUGCCUCCCAUGACGCAACCCCAGGCCGCCCAACCCCCAUCUUCGGCCAGUUCGCACUCUUCAGAGGGUAGCGCAUCGUCCCAGACCACCUGGUCCUUCGAGGAGCAAUUCAAACAGGUGCGUCAGCUCUACGAAAUUAACGAUGAUCCCAAAAGGAAAGAAUUUUUGGACGAUCUAUUCUCCUUCAUGCAGAAAAGAGGAACACCUAUUAACCGCCUUCCCAUAAUGGCUAAGUCAGUCUUGGAUCUGUACGAACUGUACAACUUGGUUAUUGCAAGAGGUGGAUUGGUUGACGUGAUAAAUAAAAAAUUAUGGCAAGAAAUAAUCAAGGGGUUGCAUUUACCAUCUUCCAUAACUUCAGCUGCCUUUACACUCAGGACACAAUACAUGAAAUAUCUCUACCCAUACGAAUGCGAGAAGCAGAAUUUGAGCUCGCCGUCUGAACUACAGGCUGCCAUCGACGGUAAUCGCAGAGAAGGCAGACGCAGCGGCUACAGUCAAUACGAAGUGAUGAGCAGAUCCCCCAACCCCAACACCCUCAACUCAAUGGCGCAAAUUUCCCAGAUGCAGCAGAUGCAACUGAACCGCAUGACGACAGCAAUGGCAGCUCAAGAACACUCUAUAGUUGCAUCUCUUAUGGAAUACGGAGGAAGGACAAAUCCUAGCAACGGUGUCCAUAAAGUGAAUGCUACAGACACUGGCAUCGGAAUUCCAAACGGGGUCCAUCCAAGUCAUCCCCAACCCAUGAGCCAGCCCAGCAACGGUGGACCCCUACCUGGACUAGCACCCAACGAACUGGAAGCAAGAAUGAUGAAAUACAUGGAAUACUUGAACAAGGAGAUGCGGAAUAAUUCUGCGGCAGCCCAAGUGGCAUUACCACAAGUCAGAAACAACAUCUCUCCUCCGAACCCAACUGCCCAGACGAUGCAUCCGUACGACAUAUCAACCAGAAUGGCCCUCUGGAACAUAUACAACAACAACCAGGCUCCGGCUGAACCUCAGAAAGAAGCCCUGAACUUGGCAAACGGCACACCUGUACCGAGAUCUCCAGUGAUAAAAGAAGAACCAGAAGAAAGCAGGGAUGAAGUUGUACCCUCACCGAAGAAAAUUAGACGGGAAGAGAGCGAAACCAGUUGCAAUACAAUACCCAGUACAGCCACAAAUAUCAAAAUAGACACACGAGGGAACGCCAAUGGUGAAAGCUCGAUGGUGGUGAGUAUGGAGUUUAAUGGCAUAAAAUAUCAAGGAGUUUUGUUUGCGCAGAAUACGCGAACGACUGAUAACAGGACUCCAAUAACUUCAUAAGUUAUUUGGUGAUCUGGUACGCAAAUACUCGCCUCUUUUCACAAUUUUCCUCGAUGACAGUGGCCUGAUCUCCAUAUGGGUACUUCUCAGUGAGUUUCUGGCUUGUCUCUUUUAUAUGACCGAGUACGGAUUGUUGAUCGUUCGGGUAUUUGUGCACCAUGAACUGCUUUGUGAGACUAGUUGUUGUGCGUUCUUAGGGUAUUUAUUUUAGUAUGUGUGUAGCUUAUGUGAGAUUAGAAUACCGUCUAAAUAAUGCACAAUAUAUUCAGACUAGUGAAACGGUUGAUCGUUGUUGAAUUGGUAAUUAUAAAUGAGUCUGUUUAUUCGAAAUGUGAUAUAUAAUUAUGUAUUUAUGUGGCCAGUUUCAUAUGAGACUUAAAAUUGAGAAAAAACUGAGAGUCCAGAAUGCUCUCUCCAUAACUCUUAGUUACAAGAUUUUCAAGAUUGUAUGAGUGCAAUUGUGACAGUCGUUUUUGACUUCUUCAACUUUGUAACUAUAAAAAACCCUGAUGACAAACUUGAACAAUAUGUGUUUAUUGUUGAAUGUCAUAAAAUAUUUAAAAAUUUUACUUACCGAUAUCCUUCAGAAAUCUGGAGUCGCUUUUCGGUUUCUUAUAUUCACUUUAUUGUAAUGUUACAAAUUUGGAUGUGAUAAGGGAGUGGCAAAGCAAAUUUGACAGUGGGAACACACAGUACGAAGUUUUAUGCUGCGAAAUACUCUCAUAGACUAAUUCAUUAUCUGUGAAUGAUAAAUUGAUUGAACUGACCACAACCAUUUAGAAGCAAACCAUGAUCAACAACAGUAUAUUGCAAAUAGUCUUCACACAUGUGAAAGUAAUUUGAUGUACAUACUUUGUUGGAUCAAUUGAACUAUUUUAUUUAAAUUUUAUUGGGGAAUCCUGUGUGGUCUCACCUCGAAUGAAAAUAUAUGUGACAGUAUUCCAUAUCCAAACAAAAAAGUUUGUAUAAUUCACAAAAGACUGUUAAUUUCUAAAUGUAAAAAUUAUUGAAAUUGAACAGUUCAUCUGAUUUUGGAUAGUCCAAUGAACUGUUCAGAUGUAGUUUUAUUUAUAGUUGAGUACUUUUUUUAUUCCCAUAAUUUAUGACGUUAUAAAACUAAUUCUAUUUCGUAGCAAUAUUAGAAAUAGAUGGUUGUAGAUAAUCUGAUGUUAUUGUUCCGAUAGGUGUAAGAAAUUAAUGAUUUGGAAUCACCUCUUACGUUAUUUCUGUUUCAAUAUGAUUGUCUCAGGGAUAUUUGACGUUGAAAAUUCUGUAUUCCUGACUUUUGUGUUCCUCUCAUUUUCAUCAUCAUGUCGAACUGUUUACUACAGUUCCCUACUUCUGGCAACUACCAAAAUCUCAUUCAGAAUUGAUUUAUAAAGUAUAUAUUUUUUGUAAUUAAACUUUUAAAGAUGCAAAUAUAUGUAAAUACUUCAUCAGCAUUAAAUAUAUUCAUUAGA